AGUGUUUAGACUGUUCCGCGGCGCCGCUGCCCUGGCAGAGCGCGCCACUCCUUCCUCUAGGCAGGACGUGCACUCGAUCACCACCUACCCGAGGCCACCCGGAGCCGUGCCCAGUCCACGCCGGCCGUGCCCGAGGGCCUCGAGACCCCAGCAGCCUCUGCCUUCUUCCCUCUUCCACCCGGAGUCGCGCGGCACGGCAGCCCCCGCGUCGCCGGGACCCUCGAGCGCCGCCGCGGGAUCGCUCCUGCAGCAGAGCCAACAUGCCCAUCACUCGGAUGCGCAUGAGACCCUGGCUAGAGAUGCAGAUUAAUUCCAACCAAAUCCCGGGGCUCAUCUGGAUUAAUAAAGAGGAGAUGAUCUUCCAGAUCCCAUGGAAGCAUGCCGCCAAGCAUGGCUGGGACAUCAACAAGGAUGCCUGUUUGUUCCGGAGCUGGGCCAUUCACACAGGCCGAUACAAAGCAGGGGAAAAGGAGCCAGACCCCAAGACAUGGAAGGCCAACUUUCGCUGUGCCAUGAACUCCCUGCCAGAUAUUGAGGAGGUGAAGGACCAGAGCAGGAACAAGGGCAGCUCAGCUGUGCGGGUGUACCGGAUGCUUCCACCUCUCAAUAAGAACCAGAGAAAAGAAAGAAAGUCGAAGUCCAGCCGAGAUGCUAAGAGCAAGGCCAAGAGGAAGUUAUGUGGGGAUUCCAGCCCUGAUACCUUCUCUGAUGGACUCAGCAGCUCCACUCUGCCUGAUGACCACAGCAGCUAUACAACUCCGGGCUACAUGCAGGACUUGGAGGUGGAGCGGGCCCUGACUCCAGCACUGUCGUCCUGUGGUGUCAGCAGCACUCUCCCCGACUGGCACAUCCCAGUGGAAGUUGUGCCGGACAGCACCAGUGAUCUGUACAACUUCCAGGUGUCACCUAUGCCCUCCACCUCUGAAGCUGCAACAGAUGAGGAUGAGGAAGGGAAAUUACCUGAGGACAUCAUGAAGCUCUUGGAGCAGUCGGAGUGGCAGCCGACAAACGUGGAUGGGAAGGGGUACCUACUCAAUGAACCUGGAGUCCAGCCCACCUCUGUCUAUGGAGACUUUAGUUGCAAGGAGGAGCCAGAAGUUGACAGCCCAGGGGGUGAUAUUGGGCUGAGUCUACAGCGUGUCUUCACAGAUCUGAAGAACAUGGAUACCACCUGGCUGGACAGCCUGUUUACUCCAGUCCGGUUGCCCUCCAUCCAGGCUAUCCCCUGUGCACCGUAGCGGGGCUCCUGGACCUCUCUUACUCCCCUAGGCAAGCAGGUCCUGGCACCAUGGUGGAUAUGGUGCAGAGAAGCUGGACUUCUGUGGGCCCCUCAACAACCAAGUGUGACCCCACUGCCAAGUGGGGAUGUGGCCUCCCUCCUUGGGUCAGUGGCCUCUCAGGACCUGGCUGGCCAGCGUCUGAGUUUGUCUCGUGGGGUAAAGCUGUCCCUGCCUCCGGGGAAGAUGAGGUUCUGAGACUGGCAUGUCAGGUCGGGGACUUGGACAGGAGUCAGUGUCUGGCUUUUUCCUCUGAGCCGAGCUGCCUGGAGAGGGUCUUGCUGUCACUGGCUGGCCCCUAGGGGAACAGACGAGUGACCCCAGAAAAGCACGAAUCCCGGGGCUGGCUCUGCACUAAGAGAUAGUUGCACUAAGUAAAUCUUGUUCCCAAAGAACUACCCCGUUUUCAGCUGAGCCCUGGGGACUGUUCCCAAGCCAGUGAAAUGUGAAGGAAAGUGGAGUCCUUCGGGGCGGUGUUCCUCAGCCUCAGAGGAGCUCUACACUGCUCCCUGCUUUGGCCAAGGGGCUUGGGAGAAAACUUGGCACUUUUUCUUGUGGAUCUUGCCACAUUUCUGAUUAGAGAUGUACACUAACGUUUCCCCCGAGCUCUUGGCCUUUGCAUUUAUUUAUACAGUGCCUUGCUCGGUGCCCACCACCCCCUCAAGCCCCAGCAGCCCUCAGCAGGCCCAGGGAGGGAAGUGUGAGUGCCUUGGUAUGACUUAAAAUUGGAAAUGUCAUCUAACCAUUAAGUCAUGUGUGAACACAUAAGGAUAUGUGUAAAUAUGUACAUUUGUCUUUUUAUAAAAAGUAAAUUGUUCAUUGGGGUGUGGCCUUUU